GCGGAUUUGGCCAAGCUGCAGUUCGAGGCACCGCGGGUGGAUUUGGGCAACCGGCCGCAGGAGCAGCAGGGUUUGGUCAACCAACCAGCGGAUUCGGUCAGCAGCCAGGCGGCUUUGGUCAGGCGGCUCAGGGAACUGCUGGCGCAUUUGGUCAAUCAGCUGCAACUGGCAGCUUUGGUCAGACGGCGGGUGGUGGCACAUCGUUUGGCGCGCCUGCCGGCGGAUUUGGUGGCUUUGGUCGGACUGCAGUGGCAAAUACGACGACGUCAGCCUCAAACCUUUCCUCCAACGCUAUGCCGUUCCUUAACCUACCUGACUUUGCAGAGAAGCCGUACGGGAAUGUGUUGCUUUUUGCCCCUGAUGAAGAGCCGAAGAAGCCCGUGGCGGCUGCUCCCUCAGCCGCAAGUGGUUCUACUGCUGCGAUACUUCCUGCAUCAAUGUCGCGAUAUCAGCAGAAGAUGAGAAUUGGGGCCACAGCACCUGAUGCAAGUGCCAGCCUUAAGCAACAGUCUGCCUCAUUUUCAGUCAAUGGUCUCUCACAGGUUGCCCUACGUGAUCUGAUCAGUGCCCCCAAGGUAAGUUUGGGGUUGCCGGAUGCUGAGAGCGGCGUUGUCGCUCCGGCGACUUCCGAAGCCUUACUGGGUGCAACUGAGCUAACUAGCCCCGUGGAUGCGUCCCAUGUACCGGUUUGCUCAAACAGUGACUAUAUUCUGGAUCCCCCUCUGGAGGUUCUAAAGGGCUUCACUGUGCAACAGUUGCAAACUGUACACGAUUUCAGUGUUUACCGGCGAGAUGGGAAAUGUUCUGUACGCUUUCUUGAGCCUGUGAAUCUUGUUCGCUGCGACGUUUCUGAAGUCGUCGCCCUUCGUUCCAAUGGGGAGGUGGAGUUUUAUCCGGGGGUUAGUGCGCCCCCUCCGCUCGGCCAUGGGGUUCACGUAGCUGCGCGGGUGACAGUCAACGGGGUCGUUGCGACGACCGCAGAGGAGCUCCGUGAGCGCUGCCGCAGAGACGGCGUCGUGUUCGACUCCUACAACGUGGAAACGGGAAGGUGGGUGUACACCACCAACGUGGAUGCCGAUGCGGUGGCCGAUGCAACCGUGGAGCCGGAUGACGAGUUUGUGCCAGAAAUUGACCGCGUUUCCGCCUGCGGGGACUCCUCGGACGGCGCAGUACACACACCAGCCCCGCUGGAAACGAGUGGUUGGUCGCGUCCGGCGACGCCUACGCCGGUUCCUCCGCAUUUGAAGCCGGCGGUCCCUGCUUCCCUCGCCCAACUCCCCACGCGGGCAGCUCAGUCAUCUACUUUGCCACGGCGGACGCGAGAAGUGACUGUGCGUGCGCCAGUAACCUUUCCCACUGUGUGCGAGAGGACUGAAGCAUCCAUGGAUUUUCAACUACCGUAUGAGCUUCCUGAUACGACUGAGGUCCCACUCCGUGAACGAAAGGGUGCGCUAGUGAUUAGGGGCCCUCGGACAGAUAAGCAGGAUCCAGUCUAUGUUGUGCGAAAGGAGGAAUCAAAGCUGUACGAGAUGAACGGAAGCCUUGUUUCACAAAGCACCAUGGGAAGCCUGGGCCGAAGCUUUCGGUGUGGCUGGUGCCUCUCAGGGAGUGUCGCGGUUCCCACCUUUGCCUGGCUUCGUGACGGAACCGAAGACCAGCGGAUGCGGCAGGAGGUGCCUGGAGCAAAGGUUUCCAUUGUGAACCCCUUUUUUGCUCACGCCACGAGUAAGCAUUACUUGCAGAGCUGCGCCAUCUCGCUACUUCGGACAGUCUGCCGAUACCUUCACUUUGUUGAGGGGACAUCGGACAAGGAAGACCGGUAUCCGUUUCUUGCUGUAAAUUUGUGCCGUCAAAGCAGUAGUGCCUCACUGUCAACGGAGAAGCUACGAGAGCUUGUUGUCGCCAUUGACGCAGUGAGGGCUGAGCGGCUUUCCCCGGUGGAGGUGUCAACGGCGCUGCAGGCGAAAACCAUCCUGGGUCUUCUUGACGCCCUGUAUGGGCUUCCAGAGUCCGACAAGGCGGAGGACAACGCCCUCGCCGAGAAGCGCUACCUCACGCAGCUGCGGCGGAGGAACCUCAAUGCUUGGCUCAGGGACGAGUUGGGCUUCAUGGAUACCUGGACGGAGAAGGCAGUGGAGAUGAAUUCCACGCAAAAGCUGCUUCUUAAGUUGCUUUGUCACAAAUUGCGGGACGCGGCCCUCAUUGCAAAGGAGGCGGGGAGCACGGACCUCUUCCGUGUGCUGGGGAUAUGCGGCGAUGGAAAUCAGUUUGGCAGUUACGUGACAACGGCUGAUACAACGCAACUCAACGCGGAGCCUAGCGUCCGGGAUCGCGUUGUCGCCCUGCUCUCUGGCGUCGUUGAGCCUUUUGUUUCUCAUCCACGCUACGAGCGGUCGAAAAGCGGGGAGGUUGUCGCCAUGAUUCCAUCGAACGCGACGUGGAAGCAGCUACUUGGCGUCUUUGCCUUUUAUGGGUGUACACCAGACACUCCCGCGGAGGACAUCAUCGGCGCCUUCCUGGAACGUCUCCGGACACCCUCCGCUCGCCAAGAGAACGCGUACCCUCCAUACGCGGAGUACGUUGCGCCUGAGAUGCUGCACACGGCCCGCGGGCAGGAUUUCAUCGCCCGCGGAGACGAGUUGCAGGACGCCGCACUGAGUCUCUUGGAGGGCUUUACGUUGGGCACCGCCCCCGCCGCAAGUGCCUUGCACCCACACGCCUCCAGCUACUGCGCGACGGACUACCUGUCCCCGUUCCUCAUCCUCCUCGCCGUCCGUGCGCUGAAGCUGCAGCGGCCCGAUACGUACCGCGACGCCGAAACGAAGGCCCUCCUGGGUUUCACGGCGGCACUCGAGUUUCUUGAAGAUGCAUGGUUCUGGGCCCUGCUGCCGCUGCAUAUGAUAGAGGACCUGAAUUGCCGUUCGCUUGCGGUGAAGCAUUUUCUUCGCCGAAACGCGUAUCGACACAAAAACGGCAGUUACGGGGACAACGCCGACUUUAAGCGUCUGGUGGGGCUGUUUAAGGUACAAGAGUCGCUGCUGCAGCCGGAGGCGCCGCCGCAGGAGGUGGCCGUCGAGCAACCCGUGAAUGCCCCCAGCAUUCGCACCCUCACCUCCCUCUGCGAUGCGCUUGAGCGGUUUGGCCGGGGCUUCAGCAAGGAAUAG